AGGGAGCAGCUCCAGUCUUGUUGCUUUAUGUAACCAUAGAAGCAAGUCCAAGCUUUCUUUCCUUUUCAUUAGGCUUGAAGAUCUAGGUGGGCUGACAGAGGUGCCAGAAAAAAUAAUCCAUGGCAUGUACAGCUUUAGCAUAAGGUUCUAUAUUUUGCAUCUCAGACUUGUACGCCUGAGCCAAGCACAAUGAUCAUAAAAGUUGCCUAGCCAUCUCUGUACAAUUUUUGGCUAUCUUGUAUUUUGUAACUUUGUAACAAAUGUCGUAUCGGGUCAGCAAUGGAUAUAUCAGUUUGCCUUCACGUUAUGGUUCCAUAGAGAACUUUCAGCACCAUCUGGAUAAUGGAAGGAGGUCUCCUCGAUGGACCUCUAAAGACCUAGGCAGCUGCAGACAUGGGUUGGAUUCACCAAGACUCUUUGGUCUCUCAGAGCUGGAGAAGAACAUUGCGGCAGCUGGGCACAUGGAACCAGAACACUGCAUGGGACAGUGGAGAGAUUACACUAGAGGGCCCACGAGUCCACGGCAUACAGACAGAGAAAGAUCCGUGAGUCCCCUGCGGGGCAUCCACUCUUUGGAAUGUUACAGCAAGCUGGCAAUUAAUACACCUCCCAUUUCAAGAAGAAAUUCUCUGUCUCGCCUGUCUACAUCGUCUCCAGAGGAGUCUGCCUUGGAGUUGUCUUUGUCCCGUCGAGGAUGGAGUGGUUCAGAAAUGGACCUCAGGGCAUCUCUCUCAGAAAGUGCCCAGAAACGCACAGAUCUUGUACAGCGCUUGAGGGAAACUCAAGGGAAACUGGAGGAGCAAUCAGAGGAAAUCAGAAAGCGGGAUAAAGAGCUGGAAUUGAGCCGGGCCAAAACAGAGCUACUUGCCCUGAAGCAGAAACAACUUGAAGCUUCAAUUUCUCAGUUAGAAAAAGAGAAAGGUUGGUUGGAAGUAUCCCGUUUUGAAGAUAAGAAACAACGAAGCGAACUGCAAGACAGGAUUAUUAAUUUGGAGAUGGAAGUAAUGUUGGCAAAAUCUAGCUUAGAAAAUUUCAACUACACCAAUGAGCUCAUGAAUCAGAAAACCUCAAUGGGAAAUGAAGAGGUAAAUCGGGAGCUGAAGACAGCAAGAGAAAAUUUAAUUUACUUUCGAAAUCGAGUCAAAAUCCUUGAGGCAGAGAAGAACCAAGCUGUGGAAGAGCUCAGAAAACUCAGAGAGGGGAGUCAUUUGGCUCUUAGCCACACAAAUGAAGCAAACCAGAGGGUGACUGACACUCUUCGGACACAUCAGAACCUACAAGAAGAGCUUUCUGACCUUCAACUGAACUUCAACAACAUUAAUCUGGAGAAAGAACUUCUGUCAUCAAAAGUACUGAGGUUAGAAGAAAAGGUUUCAGAUCUGACCUUAAGGUUUAAAAUUGCUCAGUCUGACAAAGAGAGAUAUAUGCAGGAGAAACUUGAGCUCCACCGACGCACACAGGAGCUGUCUUUAGAAUUGGAGAGGUCUCGGAGAGGACGUGAAGGGUUUAAUGACCAGGUCAGUGAUCUCCAUAUUGAACUAGUUGGUGCAAAGACCCAGGCUAACCGACAAGAUCAAGAAAAGGUGCAAAUAAAGGAGGAACUGGUGAUGCUGAAACAAGUCAAUGAGAAACUGACAGAAGAGUUGGGGCAAACACAACAAAUGCUGCAGAAUACUUUGGAGCAAUUGCACCAGACCCAGGCAGAGCACAAGAUUUCCAGCAAUCUCUCUGCUGCACUGGAAGCUGAACGCAAACAACUCCUAGAAGAGAAGCAGCUUCUAAUGGCUGCUGUGGAAAAUGAUGAAGAAAGUCAAAUCGUCCAGGACCUCAGAGGUUCCCAAGAACACCUACAGGAAGAAAAAGACAAACUGCACACUCGUUGCCGUGAACUGGAGGCAGCUCUGGAACAAGCACAUGAACAAUUAGGGUCCCAAAUCCAGGAGCAACAGCAGGUCACCCUAUAUUGGAAGGAAAGAUGGCAACAGACAGCAGUAAAUAUGAAGAAUGUAGAGGAGCUGCUGGAGCAAGAAAAAUUUCAGUGUCAGAAAGCAUCAGAAAAGAACACCGAGUUACUGCAGGAUUGUGAAAUGCUUCAGGCGGACACAGAGGAGUUGUCAGAACUUAAAGCGACAGUGAACAGAUUAAAAGAGGAGAACAGGCGGCUGUCCCAGCAAAAAAUGGAAGUAGAACAAAGCCGUCAUCUACAGCACCUUCAAAACUCAAUACAAGAAAAUAAUGAAGGAAUGACAACUCAACUAAAAGACUUAUAUGAAGAGCUCCAGCAAGCUCAUGAAAAGAUAAAAGUACUGGAGAGGGAAAAGUCAGAUAAAGAAUUAGAGAUGAGAAAACUAAAGCAGUGUGACAAUGGAUCAGUCCUUCGAAUUGAGCUAGAUGCCUGUAAGCAGCAGCUGGAACUGGAGAGAAACCGUCGGGAACUGCUACAAAAUACAGUAGGAGAACUGGAGUCCAAACUGUCAGAAGAAAGGAACAGCCAGGAAUGGCUUAGUGGUGUGGGAAAACAAAAUUCUGUGGAUCUUUCAAAGGGGUUGAGUGUGGGUGAUGUCAGGGCAGAAAUACAGAGCCUACAGCAGCAAUUGGAAAAGGAGAAAGAAACAAAGAAGCAAAAGGAUGAAUUGAUAUUUACCCUGAAAGAGGAGUUGGAAGAUCUGAACAGUAAGAAGCCUGGAGACAUCAAGACGUCCUUGGAGGAAGUGGAUUCUGAAUUGGUUCUGGUUAGAGAAGAGCUACAGAAGGUUUGGGACAUGUUAAAGUCAAAGGACACAGAACUAGAAGAGCAGUAUCAAGAACUGGAAUCUGCUAGGGACCAGUACACAGAAUGCAGCACUGAAAGGGUCAGACUGGAGCAGCUUGUCACCUCUCUACAGAAACAAACAGAGGAAAAGGAACAGUCAAUAAAGCAUCUGCAGCAAAUUAGAGAAAUGGAGAAAACAGAGAUGGAUAUUGAGAGGUCUUCCUUGGAAUUAAAGUUGGCAGAGAUGCAACAACAGUAUGGAAAAACCUCCUCUAAUAACAUUGUGCAAGGAGCCCAGACUGGAGUGAAAAGCUGGAGUCCAAGAGUAGGCCAGCCUCCUGCAAGUUCACAUAAAUGUUCUCGCUGUGAAGUCUUCCUUCAGCAGGUGGAGAAAACAAUUAAAGGAUGUCAAGAGCGCAAUGUGGAAUUACAGGAAGAGAAAAACCAAACUCUCGUCUGUCUUUACCAACUGCAAGAUGUUCUAAAGAAUAUGUCAAAGCAAACUAAAAUAAAUGAAGAGGUAGUUCAAAAUCUUCAAGUGGACAAUGAGGCUCUUAAACACCAGCACAAACUGGUAACCGAACAGCUCAAGGGAUUGUUCAAAGGAAAGCAAAACUUGGAAAGUGCUUAUAAACAGAUUCCUAAAGACGAGAAGCCAGCUGAUGACUGGACAGUGAAAUCCAGAUUAGUGAAGAAUGUGCUAAAUUCUGUCAAAGCACACAAAGAGCAUCAGGAGAAUGUUGUCAAGGAGAAAAGGCAACAGGAAGAACAGCAAAACCUGCAUGGAGAAUCAGAAGAAAAAGAUGUCAAGAAAUUACAGACACAGUUGAAAGAGCAACAGGAAAAAAUAUUCACAAUGUCUUCUGAAAUCAAAGUGCUGCGAGAAAAAAAUGAAUCUCUAAUGAAAGCUAAGCUGCGUUUCCAGCAACAGGUUCAGCAGAUAAGGAGCAUAUCCCAACUAGGAUGUGAAAAAGAGCCAAGAGAUCCCAUUGUACCACGCUUAUCUAGAGAUACCAAAGCCUCUCAUAAAGAGAAUGAACUUGAAUCGAACAGCCAAGGAUCAUCAACACCGGUGGCUGGAAAUCAAACCCCAGAUGGAUCCUGGGCAGGUUCUCAACAAAGCUCCAGAUCUCCAACUCCUAUAAAUACAAAUAAUGCAACAUCUUCGCCACCGAGACUUAACUUUCCUGGAACUAUGGGCAGGAGCUGGAGGAAUUCCAUGGAGGGAUCUUUACUGAGUCCAAGGAGUAAUGCUGACAGUGAUGGUCCCCUGACUCCCAGGUCUUCCACGCUGCUCUCCCCAAGGCCCUAUCAGCCUUGGAAUAGUAAAACAUUGCAAAAAUUUGGAGAAUCUUAACAUCGCAUAGACAGUUAACUUAUUCAUAAAUUUGCACAUAUUACAAUUUGAGAGAUAUGCUACCAUUUACAACACAUAUACCUAUUUAUUCAUACAAUUAACUUUAAACGUUUAUUUUGUUUCCCAGUAAAGCAGAAAUAAUCCCCCAAAGACUUGUUUAUGUUAAACACUCUGAGUCAGGGACACAGUAAUUUAAUCCUGUAUGCUAUAUAAAACAGUUAGUAAGGCACUAAUAAGAAAAGUAAAUGCUGCAAAAUUUGAAUGUGUAUUUAUAUAUUUACAGCGAGGCAGAGUGCAACUAGGUGGUCAGUGUUAUAAACUAUUUAUGGCCAUUCCUAUGUAAGCCAAUAUUAGUAGCAAGCGUUGUAACUGAUCUAAGCAUUGCAUGUGAAUACUGGGCAGUGUAGGGUUCCUACCCAAGUAAGUGUAUGCAUGUGCAAGAGCUGGAAGUGCCCUAUAUUGCUUACAGAGAUUUUGCUACACAUUGGAAAAUGUUUUGCAUUUUGUGGAGAAAACACAAUUAUCUUCUUUAAAGUAAUUGCAAACCCUCACAUAUACCCAGUGAAGUGAAUAGCCUCAGAUGAUACACAAAAAUAAAACAAAUCUUUCUACAUAAUUUUGUUUGUAUAUCUGCAGUCUUCUCCUUUUCACACCCUUUCAAAAGUGCAGAUUGUUUUAAAAAUCGUUCUUCAUCUGCCAGGUUAGGGUGGAGAGACUGCAGCUACACUGUGUGGGAGCUGAUUGGAGAAAAUGGAAACACCCCCCUUCACAUAGGCAGAGCUGUAUUCUGAAUCGACAAGCUGUGUGCUUAUCUCCCGUCCCAGGACACAAAUUUGUAUCUCAUGUUCCCUCGUGUGUCGGAGAACUUGUCAGAAAAGAUUCAUGCUGAUAACAGAGAAACAAAGCACCGGAGAGAAACUACACUUAGAGCUUUGGAGAGAGACAAGUAAACACUACAGAUAUAUGUAGUUCAAAUUUAAUGAAUGGGGUUUACAACCACUUUAAGAGACUUUUUUUAACAGUUAUUGAAGUUGGGGAAAAAGGAGACCUUAGCUACCACUAGCAUAUACCUAUCUAUUUCUAUCUAUGUACCUAUCUAUCUAUAAGGAUUCCUGCCAGGUUGCUUACUUACAAUUUAUUAUAAAAAAAAAUCAAUCAAGCAACACAAAAAUAUAAUAAUCUGACAGCAAGUUUCAACAUCGAUUUUCUCACUUGGCUAAGCCAUAUUCUUGUAUGGAUUUUAGUAAUAAGUGGAGCAAUUUCCAUGAAACAGAUUGUGGAAUGAAAUUACAGCUUUACAGCAGUUGAAAGCUCUCAAUUUCACUCAUUAAAAUUAGCUUGAAGAUAUUUUUUUUUCUUUAUUUAGAAGGGGUGGGCUUUUUUGGGUGUAUUUAGACCAGUUUUGAUUUUUUCACAAAGUGUAUACAGUAUUUGUGUUUUUGUGUUUUAGUGGUGUGUAUUUGAUUGUUAUUUGUGU